GGUAAAUCUGGAUUUGGAUCAGGCUUCUCUAACCAGGUGUAAUUUGUGUGUAAAGAGUGGAUCUGUAGGGAGGUAGGACCUCUUGGCUCCGGUUCCAGCUCCAGUGAGUCUGCCUGAGCGCUGCGCAGUCAACCGUCUGCAGCGCCACUGGCUGCAGGGAUAUCCCGAUGAAAGAGGAGACUACUCGGGGUGAAUUCGGACAAGUUUUAACUACAAGUUUUAACUAUAUUGCAGUGGAGGAGCUAAUUAAGCACCACUCAAAGACAAAAGACUCAGAUGUUGCUGCCAUGUGCCAGACUUACACCCUAAGCAGACGAAAGACGCAGCACCCUGAGGAACUUUUAGCUAUUUUCUGCCCCCUGGUAAGAGAGACUUUGAGAGAAUAUCCUCCAAGACUCAUAAAAGCACACCCCUAUCGCAGAGUGUCCACCUGUACUCUACCUUCACCCAGCAGGACCUUCCUCAUCCUCUCACAGAACUGGCUGUACUGUCAGUAAGGUUUAUUCACAAAUGUCUACCUCACGAUUAAAAGACCCCUCACCGACACUGCGACCCUGAACAGGAUACAAAAUGACCUCGAGCAUUGACCAGGAUGACAGUAGUAUUUUUGAUGGGUUAAUGGAAGAAGAUGAAAAGGACAAAGCAAAACGCGUGUCCCGUAACAAGUCUGAGAAGAAGCGCAGAGACCAGUUCAAUGUCCUUAUCAAGGAGUUGGGUACAAUGCUGCCGGGCAACACCCGGAAGAUGGACAAGUCCACUAUUUUGCAGAAAAGUAUCGACUUUCUGCACAAACACAAAGAAAUCGCAGCUCAGUCAGAGUCAACUGAGAUCAGACAAGACUGGAAACCUCCUUUUCUUAGUAAUGAAGAGUUCACUCAGCUGAUGUUGGAGGCGUUAGAUGGAUUUUUCCUUGCAAUUAUGGCUGAUGGGAAUAUAAUCUAUGUCUCUGAGAGUGUGACUUCCCUACUAGAACAUUUACCUUCUGAUCUUGUUGAUCAGAACUUGUUAAAUUUCUUGCCUGUGGGGGAGCAUUCAGAGGUGUACAAGGCUCUGUCCUCUCAUGUCAUGGAAGGAGAAACAUUGACACCUGAGUAUCUUAAAACUAAAAAUCAGCUAGAGUUCUGUUGCCACAUGCUCCGAGGGACAAUCGACCCCAAAGAGCCCCCCGUGUAUGAAUAUGUAAAGUUUAUUGGAAACUUCAAGUCCCUGAAUAAUGUGCCUAACUGUACCCGAAAUGGUUUCGAUGGAGUGAUCCAGCGAUCACUUCACUCUGCCUUUGAAGACAGAGUGUGUCUCAUAGCCACUGUGAGGCUAGCCAAACCACAGUUUAUCAAGGAGAUGUGCACAGUAGAAGAGCCUAAUGAGGAAUUUACCUCCAGACAUAGUUUAGAGUGGAAAUUUCUCUUCCUGGACCACAGAGCUCCGCCCAUCAUAGGUUACCUCCCAUUUGAGGUCCUGGGUACAUCAGGAUAUGACUACUAUCAUGUAGAUGACCUUGAGACACUAGCCAAGUGUCACGAACACUUAAUGCAAUAUGGGAAAGGAAAGUCCUGCUACUACAGAUUCCUCACCAAAGGGCAGCAAUGGAUUUGGCUUCAGACUCAUUACUACAUUACUUAUCACCAGUGGAACUCCAGGCCAGAGUUUAUUGUCUGCACACACACGGUCGUAAGUUAUGCUGAAGUAAGAGCAGAACAGCGCAGAGAGCUGGGAAUUGAAGAAUCACCACCUCAAAUCACUGCUGAGAAGCAAUCCCAGGAUUCAGGCUCGGAGUCCCAGCUCAACACUUUUAGCUUGAAAGAAGCCUUAGAGCGAUUUGACCACAGUCGGACCCCAUCGGCCUCGUCUCGCAGCUCGCGUAAAUCCUCCCACACGGCUGUGUCUGACCCAGCCUCAUCACAAAUGAAGCUUCAGGGAGAUAGGAGUACACCAGGUCGCCAGUCGGUCUCUGCCGUGGAGAUGACAUCACAACGGAGAUCAUCUAUCAGCAGUCAGCAGUCGAUGAGUUCCCAAAAUACAGGACAGAACGUGGCGUCAUCCAUGGUUUCACAACAACAGCCGCAGCAGCCACAACAGCAGCAGCAGCAACAGCAACAGCAACAACAACAGCAACAGCAGCAGCAACAAGUUCAGACCAACAAUCAAUCAAUGGUGCAGUUCUCCAACCAGUUAGAAGCCAUGCAGCACCUGAAAGAGCAGCUGGAGCAGAGGACCAGGAUGAUCGAGGCCAACAUUCAGCGGCAGCAGGAUGAGCUGCGGCAGAUCCAGGACGAGCUACAGAGGGUGCAGGGACAGAGUCUGCAGAUGUUCCUGCAGAAAGGGGCUGGAGGACUAAAUGUGAGCUCUGCACAGAUGGCCCAGGGGAAUGGUGGGCAGCAGGGGGGUACACUCAGCAUGCAGGGCCAGGUGGUUUCCGCAGGGUCUCUGCAAAACAGCAUACAGCAACAACAUGCUGUCCAGCCCCCAUCCCAGCAGCAAACACUCCUACGGGAACAGAGCACAGCACUCUCGCAGCCUCAGAGGUCGUCGCACACGCUGCAGCCUCAACAGAAUCCACUGCCUGCAUCUCUCUACAACACGAUGAUGAUCCCUCAGCAAAGUCCUGCUAAUGUGGUUCAGAUUGCCACAAGCCUGGCACAGAAUACUGGACCCAACACUCCUGCCGUGGCAACAUUUGCACAGGACCGUUCGGCUCAGAUUAGGUUUCCUGCAGGCCCCCAGCUGCUCACCAAGCUGGUGACAGGGCAGAUGACAUGUGGGGCAGUCAUGGUCCCCACAACCAUGUUUAUGGGUCAAGUGGUGACGGCCUUUGCACCCCAGCAGGGCCAGACGCAGACAAUUAGCAUUUCUCAACAGGCGCCGCAGCAGCAACAGCAGCAACAGCAGGAGCAACAGAUUCAGCCACAGUCUCAGGUCACAACCAUGCAGCAAGGGCAGGCUCCACUGACCCAGCAGCAAACGCAGUUCCUACAGGCUCCUCGACUCCUUCAUGGAAACCAGUCCACCCAGCUGAUCCUGCAGGCAGCAUUCCCUUUGCAGCAGCAGGGUACCUUCACUGCACCAGCCCAACAGCAGCAGCAACCGCAUCAAACACAGCAGAAGCAGUUACAACAGAAGCAGCAACAGCAGCUGGCUCCUCACAGAGCAGAUAGUUUGUCUGACCGCUCAGCGACACAGCCGCAGUAACUAGCCGAAGCCUAUCAGAAGUGCAGUUAGCCAAACUCAGGUGUGGUUGAUGGGAGUGUGAAGUGCAGUUCUGCUGAAAGUGCACCGCUGAAACCUCAGAGGAUGAGAAGUGGGCCCUCUGUUGCUCUGCUUCUCUCACACGAAUCUUGUGCUGUUUGCACUUCACUCCUGAGCCCAGAGUACAGCAGAGAGCCCGGGACGGGGCUCUCUGUGGCAGCAGGUUUGGCUGUGGAAUGAAGCCUUCCCUCCAAGAAAACAGGGCCAUAAAAGGCCUGCAAAAGACUCCCCCUUACGCCUCCCCUUGUGUCGUGUGUGUCUGUGUUUGGGUGUGGGUGUGUGUGUGUGUGUGUGUGUGUGCAGGCGCGCAUGUGUGCUCUAGUCACCCUCACAGGAUUAUUUCAGAGUUCUCCCGUCAGUGCAGUGGAGAUCUUCACUUCGAGGACGUCCUACAAAACAACCAAUUGUUUGUUUUGUAUGUUUUUCUUGUAAAACUAAUUAUGGGUGAGAAAAUAUUUUUAAGAAUGUGGUGUAGAUUGAACUUUGACUGUACAGAAUAUCAUGUGUAAUAUAUACUGUAAAUAUACUGAAGAAUAACUAAUAUUUUAUAUGAUGCAUGAAAUGAAAUGCAUAGUCUGUUAUUUGCAGCUUUGAAUAUGCUUUUUUUCUAAUACUCAGAAAAAAAGACCUGAAAAUGCUUAGUGGCUGAUAUUUUCACAGACUUCCUUUCUCCUAGGGGAUGUUUGUUUGUGUGUCUGCAUCAGACAGUGCCGAUGCUGUUUGUUGUGUCACAGUUUGUUUAAUCCUUGACCCCUAUUUUCACACAACUUCAGAAAAUUAUCGACAGAAUGAUAGAAAAAUACUUUAGUUUUUUUAAAGAUGUGCUCAAGCACUAAAGACUUGAAAUCAAGAUAUGAGAUUUGAUGAAUAGAAUGGAGGCAACAUUAAGCUAAACGUAUGCAACAGUAAGAUCUGCUAACAUUAUCCUUCAUAUCACCAUUUCUUAAUUUUUAGAACUUUUGUUGAGAUCCCUCCAUUUCACAGCCAUCCAUAUCGCCUGUGUUGGCACCCAAGGAUGCUUUAUUUCACCUGUAAACAUUUAUACUUUUAGAUGUAUGUAAAUAUAAAAUACUGACCCGUUAAAUAUGUUAGUGAGAGACAUGAUCUAGUUUUAAGCCAUCUAACUGUUUUAGCUGGGCACGCAGAACAAAAAGCAUCCACCCUCUAGAACUUUCUGGGAGACACCAGUCUUCCUGUCAGCCCGAUACAAAGAUCCCAUCCUAUUCCAUCAUACCCUUCUCUGAGCUCUGUGGAUUAUCGGGAGAAGCCAUUUGCUCUGCGGAGAACUACUUUAGAGUCCUUAAAUAUGCAAAUAAAAUUUGUAGCUGUGCUGAGUGGUCUGAGAUUAUCUUGUGAGAACUGCAGUAACUUUGUUUUGGCCCCUUGAUGGCAGUGACAUGGAUAUAUUAUGGCUUUUUACAUUCAGAAAACAAACAUAUGAGUUACAUUUAGGAUUUCAUUUGGAAUCUCUCUUCUGCAGACGAGGUGCCGAGCCAGUUCUACCUUUGUGCCUUUUGAGAACCAGCACACAUUUUGGCAGAUUUAAGAAUCGAAUAUCAUGAAGUGUUACCGGCAGAAGUAGGUGUUGUUUCUGUGGGAGGAAAACUGAGGCUGUAUCUGACAGUGUCUUGGUGUAGACACUGAUGUCAGUUGUUCCAACUUUGGGUCCCAUUUUAUGGUGCCUUUUUUUUUUUUUUUUUUACAGUGGAAAAACAUGUUAACCCAGCUCUAGAUCGUGCACUGGCACCAUAUUAGUGUAUUUGUCUUGCCUGUACACCAAACUUGAUGGUAUUCAGCAGCUGGAUGCUAACAUCGUCUGCUGACUGAUGCUAUGCAAGUAAUAUUGCAGGUAAUAUUUAUUUUUCUAAACUGCAGUUAUGCAUCGUAGAACAUUCAGAGUGAGGACAGUAAUACUCUUUAGGUUCAGAACUGUAAGCACUUAAAUAUAAGCACUCAUGUGAGCAACUGUCAUUGUAAUAACACUGACUAAAGCUGCCUGAAGUUUAAAAAAAAAAAAAAAAAAUUUUUCAGGACACACUUAUAUAAUAUUGGCCAAAUCCAGCAGUACCCUGGGGAAGACGUUUUAAUUACCCAUUAAAUAUUUGCCAAAAGCUAAAAAGAACCUUGGAGUUCUUCAGUCACAAUGGAAAGUUGGGGUAAGCCAGACUUUUAGUACGCUCACCAUAAUUUUUAUCACCGAGCUAAAGAUGGCAUUGAGGGGAUCAGUGUUACUGUAGACGGAGACCAUCACCAGGAUCCCCAGCAGACUCAACCCUACGUGUUCUGGCUUAGUAGGCUUGCCUUGCAGCCUCCUCACCAUCUGAUCUAAUGCACUGCCAGAUGGUAUGAAGCUGACAGUCCAACCUCCUCUUCAUCUGUGUGAAAUGAUGGGCUGAGCUCAACACAUGGCCACAAAGUCAGCCUUUGACAUCUGCUCCAAGAUAUCUUGUAAAACCAUGCACUCAUAUCUCCCCAAUAUUAGAGUGUAGUGUUCACAAAGGGGAAACCCUACCCAAUAGCAUAAGUUUAUUUAGAAAGUCAGUUUUGUUCUAGGACACCUUAAAUCCAGCCAUUUUCAGAAGACCGAGUCAGUUGCAUAGUUUUGUUCCACUGUUCCCAGUUUGUGCAGUAGAGCAUUGAAAAGCCAAGCAAGCACUGAGUGUCAAUGAAAAGCCCCUCUACUCUUAUUUGCCGUUUAUUGCUUAUGGAUAGAGGAGCCUAUCAUGAUUUGGCACAAGCAGCAGCUUUUCUUAAAGGUUGAUGCUGCUCAGGUUGGAUUAGGCAGGGAGGAAAAUCAACUGUCACAUGCAACAGCUACAGUUUCUACCACGAUAAUACCAUCUGGGCACUUAUGAUGCUUCAGUCUAACUCCAGCUGUUAAUGUCUGAAAGUUCAUUAUUCAAAACUUCAAAUACAUUUGACCUUUUUUCUUUAAAUUAUUUCUGUGAUUUAUCGUUUAUCAUUGGCCACAUGUAACUACCAUUUUCUUUAACCUUCAUACUGCAGAUAAGGCAGCUACUGUAUGGGACCAGAUGAAGAAUAUAGAUUUGUACAUUUGUCUUGACUUGGAGAAACAAUGCUUCAAAGUAUCUUCCUAAUCUCUCAAAUCACCCUUUUUUAAAAACUUAAAAUGAUAACGAACAAUAAUUUUACAAGAUUUAUCUCUAUCUGAUUUGUAAGUUCCCUAAAUAACUGUCAAGUACAGAAUAGAGUGAAAGCGAACAUACAGAAUGCACCUUUAUGAUCCCAGAUCCCACAAAUGAUGACAGAACCAUUCUGAGUUAAUUAUUCAAUCUGUUUCUUCAGGACACACACAUAUAUAUAUAUAUGAUAAAAUGCAAAUCCGGGACAUUAAACUAUUGGACAUUUUUGCUUGCUAUCUCACCAGCCUCCUGUCAGUGCAAAAAAACAAACAAACAAAAAAGCGUGCAUAAACUGACUCCUUUUUAAAAAAAAAUAAAAAAAAUCCACAAAUUACAUUUUCAUUGAAUCUCUAAUACCUGCUUGCUCCACUGUGAUGAUUGUGUGCUGCAUAAAUUAGAUUAUAAAUGGACCUCGUAGUCCUAAUUUUCCACAUGGCAUUUCUCUCCCUCGUCCUUUAAAAUCAGUGAUCAUACUACAACAGAUCAGUGUUUAGGUAAGACAACCAUUAUCUCCUGUUACGAAUUUCUGUAGAGUGGACCUCUUUGGGUCCCAUUUUAUGCUGCAUGCAAGCAGCACGUGCCUACAAGAAUGUAUUCAGUGUCAUUAACGUGGGGACUUCUUUUUGCAUGAGGAGGCCUAUGCCUGUGGGAGACCUUGCACAUUGUAAGAUAGGAAAUACAGUAAAUAAGAGAACUUAAUUAUUUUUCUAUGUCUGGUAUAAACUUUAUGGAACUAUCAUAUAUAUAUAAGAAGUCAAAUAAUAUAACUUUUAAUGUGAAAAAAAGUUUCGAAUAGAGGUUCGAUAAACAUUUGAAGGAUUUAAACUAACUGUGACAUACACACAAAGACCCCAGAAAGUGCUGGUUAAGACUUGGAAUCAAAUUAAAAGGUUAUAUAUAUAUAUUUUUUGUUCUUUUCACUCUUUAUUCAGUGUUUAUACUGAGUCUUUCCCUGCCAAUCAAGCAAUAGUGAUUUAAAGAAAACCCACAAUGUCCAAUUUUGUUAUAUAUAUAUUUAAAAAAGGGCAACUUUAGCUUUUAAAGUUAUCUGUGGGUCACUGGCAAGUCUCAAAAACAAGUGGGGGAAAUGUUGUCCGGGGAAACUUGAGGAUGCAAACCCUACAUGAAAGGACACAGUGAAUUAUGUUCAGUGUUGUGUAGUUCUGAUGUACACACUAGAAACUCGGUGUUCUCUCUCUCUGCUUUCAGUUCAUAUUUUUGUGGCUUUUUUUUUUUUGUUUGGCUCAAGAAAUUUACUGCUGCAGUGCGCUCGACAGCAAAAACAACAUUCUUUCAAUCUUUCAUGGCUACAUCCCACACAAUGUGGUCACACCCUGAUUAAUGACGGGAGCAGGACUUUUGAACUCCUGUUAUGAUGUCAGUAGUUCAGGUUUGACCAGAAGAUCCAACUUCUGAUUUAACUUUGGUAACACAUCUGAGUAUGAAUUGAAAUCUUUGGUUACAUUUUAGAUAAAAAGACACCCUUUGUAAAGAGUUUUAAGUCAUGUCUUUUUGAGUUGUUAAUAAACCUCUCUCACUACAUUAUAGGCAAGUCUGAUCAUGUGGUUCUAGAAAACGUGCAGAUAUAAAUUAAUAUAUUUAAUCAUUGUUAUGUGAAGCUUAAAAACACAUAUGCAUGGAUUAUUCACUUCAAGCUGAAUAUUUGAGUUACAUAUUGGCAAAACUAAUAUCUAACUCUAAAACAAUCAACUCAAUUCAGAGCAAUUAAUCUCUUGAUGAUCAAUAAAUGCAUCUAUUACAACUUUAUAACCACAGAAUAGAACCUAUUCCAGUUUUCUUUCUAAUAAGCUUUAAGAGUUUGUAGUGAAUGUUAAGGCCUAGAGUUUGUUCUUCUAUGAAGCACAACUGGGAAUGUUGCACUAAGCAUCCACUACUGACACCUGCUGUUUGUUUUUAGGUUAAACACCUCAGCUCAACUUUACUCACUGAUUAUAGCCAACAUUUAGAAAUUGUACACAGUAGCAUUUUAUUGCACUCCAGUGUUAUAAGGACACUUAAAGAGGACCUAGUGUGCUGAUUUCCAUCUUCAUUGUUUUUUUGUAAAUUCUUUAACUCUAUUACUGUAGCUUUGCAUGACUCAAAGAUUUCAUACUGGAUCUUGGUGGAACCCCUCAGUACAUCCACUGUCUGAAAUCACUCAUUGUAGUGCUCAUCCCUCUGCUUUUCUGAUUUGCUUCCCUUAGCAAACAAAGUUUGAACAGCCUGAGAUAUGAUGUGUUAAGAAUGAUUAAUACUUAUUCUCACUGACGACAUAAAGGCAUGAAAACUUGUUUCAACCACUGAAUUUUAUUUUUUUUUUUGCCAUCCAUAAAUCAUUAAGUUGGUAUAUGUACAUUUAUUUAAAACAGACAAUGGAUAUUAAUUAACAUGAGCACUAAAAUUAAUCUUGUAAAUAGCCAGAUGGACUAAUUUUGAUCUGUAGUCCCUGCCAAGUUGAUGGCAUAUUGAAUGAAUCAACAAAACCAAACCCUAAAGUUGGCUCAUGGCUGUCAUCUCCCCCCCCAUGCAGUGUCUGAAAUAAGCUUCCAUAUACAGAGCGAAGUGGGGAAAAAAUACUCUAAAAUUAGUCACUGUAUCAGUACAUAGAUGACAGUAACGUGAUGAAAAGUGUAAUAGGUACCCUUUAAGGUGACUUGCAUUAAUUUCUUGAGCCAAACUAUUCAUGGCCCUCAAUGUAACCCUUAUGAGGCAAAUAUGUCAAUCGUUUGCUCCCCUCGAAUUCAAAAAUAAAUCUGUGUGAAUCAUCUCUGGUGCUGCUUCUAUAAUUUACUCUGUGUUCCUCCUCACCACUCAACUCAAACACGGCACUAAAUGUUGUUUUAGAAAUCAGACAACACAUUAAACUUUUUUUAUUGAUCAUUUUUUAAAGAUUUACAGGCAUUUCAAAGAACCUGUAUGACAAACAGAAGUAGUUCACAGCCUGUCAAAUAUUGACAACACAGCUUUAGCCUGUUCACUUAAAAAAAUAUUUCCAUUGCUUGUACAGUAAUCUCAUCCACCCUUUGUCAAUACAUAUGCCUAGAAAGGAAAAAGAAAAGGAAGCUAAAUAAAUACAUAACGUUUAAAAUAAAGGGUGAAAUUUAGGUCUAAAUUAAGUUAGGUCAAGCGGUCACGGCAGAUCCAACACAGCUAUGAGAAGUGGCUUCUACUGCAAGUCUUGUGUAGGAUAAAUAAUUUUUGUACCUGAUGUAGUCCUCUUUACAAUCUGUCAGUAAUUGUGAGGUUCAUGCUGGAAAUGGCUUUAAUCGCA